AUGACCAAAUAUACUGUUAAAAGUGGUGGUGGAAGGAUAAAGAAAAGAUGGAUUGUUUUAUUCUUAUUCUUCUUAUUAAUAGGAUUUGCUACAGUAGUGACAGUUUCAUCAAUAGAUUCAUCUAAAGAUAUAUCAGAAGUAAUCACCAAUAUCCCUAAUGAUAAAAUCUUUAAUUUCUUAUCAACAGAAAACACCAAAAAUCAAGAUGAAUUAUUAAAUAAAAUAGAUAAACUUAAUAAGAAAUACUUUACAAAACAAGAAGAACGAUUACUCAAACUUGAAAAACAAAAUAAACAAUUACUUCAAGAACUUAAAUCAUUAAAAACCCCAAAUCCUUCAGCUUCAAUCCGAGAAAAAUUAAUCUAUCUUUAUCCCUAUGAUCCUCAUUCAAAAUUCCCAGCAUAUAUUUGGCAAACUUGGAAACAUGGAUUAAACGAUGAAAGAUUCGAUGAAAAAUUCAGACAAGGUGAAUCUCAAUGGGCCUGGAAAAACCCCGGAUUUGUCCAUGAAUUAUUUAAUGAUGACACCGCUCAUACUUUUAUUAAAUAUUUAUAUCAACAAAUCCCAGAAAUCAUUGAAGUAUAUGAAAGUUUACCCGAAGUCAUAUUAAGAAUGGAUUUCUUUAGAUAUUUAGUCUUGUAUGCCAAAGGGGGUGUAUAUGCCGAUAUUGAUACUUUCCCAUUACAACCUAUCCCCAAUUGGACUCCUGAAAAUGUUAGUCCUAAUGAAAUUGGAAUGAUUGUUGCUGUUGGAUCCGAUUCAAAUUCUCCAGAUUGGAAACAGGAAUCAGCUAGACGAUUAGAAUUUGGACAAUUUGUUGUCCAGUCAAAACCAGGACAUCCUAUUCUUCGAGAAAUUAUUGCAUCAAUUGUAGAAGUCACUAAAAGGAAACAAGCGAGAUUGGUAGAUAAUGAAAAGUUAAGACUUACAGGUUCAUCAAAUCAAAGAUCUUUAGAUAUUUCAAAAUGGACAGGAUGUGGAUUAUGGACAGAUAUUAUUUUGAAAUAUUUGAAUGAUUAUAUUCAAUCAGGAAUUUUUCAAAUUGUUUCUUGGAAAGAUUUUCAUGAAUUAGAAAUUCCAAAAUUAGUGAGUGAUAUUUUGGUCUUACCAGUGAAAUCAUUUGCCAGUGAUAUUGAAAUACCUAAAGAUGGAAAGAUUGAAGAUCCAUUGGCAUUUGUUAAACAUUAUGCUGGGAAGAUUUGGAAAACUACUUAA